AUGACCCAGGGUGCGAUUUUUAACGGGAGUCAGACGCUCGCCGGGACUCUGGCGACAUACUCCGGCAACAGCACCGACAACGUGGUAACCGGCGACGGUGGCGCGUCCCUGGUGCUGCAAGACGAGCGCAAGCUCUUCGUCAUGCGUGUGGUGCAAAUUGCGGUACUGUGCGUGUUGUCGCUCACCGUCAUGUUCGGUAUAUUUUUUCUCGGCUGCAACUUGAUGAUCAAAUCAGAGAGCAUGAUUAACUUCCUUGUGAAAGACCGGAGACCAUCCAAAGACGUGGAGACUGUAAUGAUUGGGCUCAGCUAG